AUGUCUUCCUCUGUACCUCGCUUCCCAAUAACUGGUUGCGAGGAACGGUGGUCCGUUUUACUGGCCUCCCGUUCCUUCUCACACAAAGCCAUCCGCCAAUCAUAUCUCCUUCAGUUCAUCUCGCGUCAAGUCUGCCGUACAUAUCUCCUGCUUGUCUUGUGUAUCGGUGGUCAUCGGACAACGGGUUCAAUGGAGACAUUGAGUCCUAAUAUACAAGGAACGGUGCAAAUUUAGCCUCUGGUUGGUUCAGGACCGAACAUAUUCGAUGGUAUUUCUGAACGGCCGGGAGGGCAAGGACCAUGCCGAGCCCUUCAAUUUGUCUGUUACGUCCACACAAUCAGUAUCGAACCUCCAAUUAAAUAAACUUUCUCUUUACCGAGGUCCAACUCCAGGGAUUCGGAUACCUUCGCAUGAUCCGCCACUUCCAGCUUCGUACGCCCGCCUAUUCUAUCCUUAUUUGUUCGCACGGUCAAUGGAUAGCCAUGUCAAUCAGGUACCAUUCAAAGCGGAGGCAAGUUCAGUCCUGAUCCCGCCUCGUCUGUCACUCCCUCUAGGCUAUAAGCAACUGUCUCAAGAUGCGACAGACAGUCUGAUCCUGAAAUUGGGUUUGCGUAUUCGUGCUAUUCAUUUUUUUCCAGGAAGAUCUUGGUUGCCCCUCAUUGCGUUCUGGGACGAAGCAAGAAUGGACAGUACCACACAAUCCAAUGUAGACAAAUCUACAGAUGCAGAACCACAUGCAUCGUCGCGUACAAAUUUAACUGUUUGCGACAGUGAAUCGAAAGGUUUGGCAGAGAAGAGAUUUACGAUUGGACAAUAAUUGGC